GGGGAGCGGAGCGGGGCGGCAGGUGAGGGGCGGCGCGGCCGGCGGGGGUCGCGGUGGGGGUGCGUCGCCGGUACGGCCGCGGCCGGGCUCGGAGGGUGGGGGGGCGUUAACGACGCGGUGCCGGGGGGCGGCGGGCGGCGGCAGGUGCGGCCCGGGGGCAGCGCUUUGUCUCCGCGUGGGGGAUGGGCGCGGCCCCGCGGGGACCGGAGUGCUGUGGGGCCGCCCGGGGCCGUCAGCUCGGCGAUGAAUCCCGCCCCGGGCCGAGCCCCGCGCCCGGCGGCGAACCGCGGUCCCGGUGCGGUGGAAGGGGGGGGGGGCUCCGGUAGCGGACUCCCGCGGGGGGGGGGGCGGUAGCGGGGCGGCCCCGGAGGGAAAGGUGGGAGCGGGGCCGUGCCGGGUCCCGGGCCGGGAGCUCCGCCCGAGUGCGGGGUGCCGGGAGCUUCCCAGCCCCGCGGGGCCGUGCCGCUCGGAGGGCCGGAGCCGGCAUCGUAGCGGCGGGAAGGAGCGAAGGGGGCGCGGGUGGCCCCGGCCCGGCAGAUACGGCGGCGGUUGGAGCGCUGAAGUCUCUGGCGCCGCUCCUGGGACCGCCGCACCGUGCCCGGCUCGCUCCGCGGUUAGACCCGUUCUGCGGACUUACAGCCGGCUCCAUCGCGGGCUGCGGGGAGCUGAGCCGACUGCCCGUAUCCCGCGCCGUGCUUCCCCGGCACCGCGGCGCACGGCAGGAGGCGGCUCCGAGACGGGCACCUCCGGUACGGGAAGGCCGUGUGCUCCGCGCUGGGGCCGUGCCCUCUCGAUCCCCCCGGCCCCGCAAUAGGAGCCUGUUGUGCCGUGCCGUGCCGGUGCCGUUGGGGCUCUUCCCGUCGGAACUUUGUGCGCUCGGUGAUGCCCGGCGCGGCGCUGAGCGCGGUGCGUUCGGGUCGGGAGUCGCCGUUUGAACGGAGUGCUUUGUGUAUGAAAUACAGGAAUCGGCGAGCGCUGCGUUAAUGGUGUCCCUGCGUGUGUGUGUGAGGUCGGCAGCCGAGCUGGGGCUGGAGGUGUUGCUGUGGGUCAGAAGGUUGGAGCGCUGUCCCGCGUUCUGCGAGGAAUGGGGCUGCUCGUUGCAAACAGCGCGGAGUCGUGCAAGUGGUAAUGGGGCGUUUUGGAGGCCGGCGUGUGUGGCAGCGCUGCGAUCCGCAGGGCAGGGGCUGGGCUUGGGCUGCGGUCGGGCCAGAGAGCUCCCAGAUCGCAGGGCCACCUAUGGAAUUUUCUCUUGAAAUGUCUUCCAACAUGUGAAAAGAGUUAGGUUAGUAAUACGAUUAACGAUAUCUAAUCAGAUUAAAAUUACCAGCAUAACUCUCUCGAGAAAGGUGAGCGCGGCGGACUGUCAGUGCUGUUCCCUCUGCUUUGUGCCGGGCUGAGGAGGGUCCUCUGAGUGCUGUGCUGGUGGGACCCAACGCACGCAGAGAGGGUCUGUGCUGUGGGAUGGGGCUGCCUGCCAGCAGAGGCGCCUGCCCGGGGGUGCUGCCCGGCUCUGUGCAAUGAGAAAGGAAAGGAACGGAUGCUGCUGCUCCCCGGAGCAGCGCUGGGUGGGGGCACGGCAUGCUUUGUGCUGUGGGGUCACCUGCUGAGGGGACGUUCAGAAGGAGGUGAGGCAGCCCCGGUCCUUCCUGCUUCUCAAAGCAAAGCAUGAGAACUUCAGCUUCUCCGCCUCCCUUGUUCGCCUGGGCACAACGGGAGCAGAGCUGGAGCCUUCCUGUUGCUCUUUGGUGAAGCCCUGCGUUUCAUGCUCAUCUGUCCGUGGCUCCUUUGUCACCUAUUGCAGAAUUACUGAAUAGAUUCAUCUUUUGCUGCUCGUCGGAGCCACAGGGGAGCUGCUUCUGCCUUGGUGGGAGCGUGCCAGCUGGCUCUCGUUGUGCAGGUAUCGUUUUCCUCACCCUGACAUCUCUGUCAUCUCUGACCUGGUGGCUGUGGUGGCUUCUUUGCAGGAGGUUUGCAUUGCUCUUUAUCUGAGCAUUGUCCCGUUUGCCCUCAGUGCAUGCAGGGAUUCCUUAGAGAGCACAAGCACAUGCUUUCUGCCCAGAGCCGUACGGGUUUGGUGUUGGUGCUGUGCAGCCAUCCCUCUGCCCUAUAGUGCCCCAUAGCCCGGACUGUGGGUGCUGGCACUGCAGCAUUGCUGAGGAUGCACCAACCUGUGCUGCCACUGCCAGGAGAAGCACAGGGGUUUGCUGUGAUCUCUGGAAGCGCUGCUGAAGUAAGGGCUUGUUUCCACUACUCAUAAUUUCUAUAUUUUUUUAGCCAAGAUUAACUGAGAGAUCAGAGUGAUUUCUGAGGUUACAGGAAGCAAUUUAGGUCUCCAUCUCGUUAACUACAAGCCGGCACUGCCUCCCAAUGCUUGUGGAAAAAAAGUGAAAGGAACAGAUGGUGUCAGCUUAGGUGGAUUUUAUUUUUGUCUCCUAUUUGGCAGAAGUUAAAGUCAUUUCGAUUCAGAGUCUCUUUUAAAGUGAGGGUACAACUUUCCAACCUCUUAUGCCACCCCCCUCAGAAAUGAAAAGGAGGGGAGAAAGAAGCGCAGCAGAGCUUUGUGUUGGUGUGAUCUGAUAGGGAGGUUUUCAAAGUUGGUCUAAAGCAGGAGGUGAAUCUUCGAGUGCUUCAGAUCCGAAGGAAAUUCCCAGAUGCCAGACUUUAAUUGCACGUGAACUUUACUUGUUUGCUUGCAGUAUAAACACUGCGAGCGCUGCAAAGAGCGCUUCUCGUGUGCCUGGCAAGUGGGUGAGCCUCACAUUGCUUUUGGCUUUGAAGUUUAACUUUGGAACGGCGCGGAGUGGGUGGGCUGAGCUCCCGCAGCCUCUGCUCUGCACCAGGGCUUCUGCUUUCAAAACCCCCUCCGCCCCGUAGCAGUCCUCUGUUAGAAAAUGGUGCUCGUUUCCUAAAGCGGAUGGUAUCGUUUUAUCUUGCUGCUCGUGUCUGUUCCCAUUCAUCUCGUGUCUGAGGUCUUUUGUCUGUGCCGGGGGGCUGUAGGUGUCACGACUCAGGGUGAAGCUGUUGCAGCAGGACGCUGCUUGCUGGGUUCUGUGCUUCAGGGAGGCAGGGGAAGGCUGUGCCUGGCACUGCGGGGGGGGGUUGGUUGUGUUCAGGCAUCUGUCUGUGCUGCUGGAACAAGCUUUCUGGCCAAAUUGCAUUUAGCUCUAUAAAUAGAGUGGGUAUAUUUGACGUCUUUCCCCACUGUAAUCUUUCUGAAAAUUACAGUGUUAGCAGAAGUGUGUUCAGCUUAAGGCUCCUACACAUGUGUGCAUCCCAAAUGAUUUUUGUUUUGAAUGCUUCCCAUAGCUCUCCUGUCCUGAGCCGUAGUGUGCUUUAUAGGUGACACUGCAGCUCUGUGUUGGGUCACAAAGAGCCGGAGGGCACAGAUCUGUGCUCUGCUCCUGGAGAACGUGUGCUCUUGGUGUCAGAAUCGUUUGAGUCGGAAGAGAUCCUUAAAGGCCAUCUGGUCCAACCCCUGCAAUGAACAGGGACACCCACAGCUCCAUCAGGUGAUCAUCCAGCUGACCUUGGGUGUCUGCAGGGACGGGGCACCACCACCUCUCUGGGCAACCUGUGCAAGUGCUUCCCUGGUCGUGCUGCUGCCUUCCAGCGGCUGCCCCGUACCCUGCAUGACACUGCGAGGAGUCCUGGGCUGCAGUCCCCGUGCAGUGCCAGCCUCUGGGAACAGCUGGCUGAGCGAGCACGGGAGGAAACGCUCCCAAUAGUGCUCCCUGAGUGCUCUGCUCAGAUGUGCAUCCCUCGGACAUGAAUUUGGGAUGCAGAAAGGAGCUGGGAUGUCAGAGAUGCACUUGUAUCUACUGGCCCAGACCUCAUCAGAAGUCAUGUUAGCACUGAAUGUAGGGUUUUGGAUAGCUUGGGUUUAACAGCCUCGAAGUUACUUGUUAACGCUUUCAGCUUUAAGCCUUAUUGUAUCUCAUGUUCCUCCCUGCAAGUGCUGGAGAAAGCAGAUCUGUGGAUUACCGUGCAGGAAGCGUUCAUGUGAGGGGGUUUGGUAACUUCUGGCAUCAUCUCUCUGCUGCCUUCCCCACCCCAGGGCCCUGAGCUCCUCUCACCCAUAGCCCACAGAUGGCUGUGCUGGAAAACUGAAGCACAGAACAGCUCUGGGCUUCUGAAUGCCACUGUCAAUGUUUUGACCUCCAUUUGCAUGCUGUUUGGCUUCCCGCAUGCAGAUCGCAGCCCAUUACUGAUUGAUUCUGCCCAACAGAAUGGUAAAACAGGCGUGUGGCGGCAUUCAUUGUAUGGGAGCGAUGCGUGCCGCUGUGGGAAGCAGAGAGGUGGGAACUGGGGGCUGUGCUUAUGUGCCAGCUCUUGUUUGCUCAUGUAGUGUUCCAAUAGAAGUUGCUGAGAUGAACUGUGGAAAUGUUGAGCAUAGGGGGAGACUAAUAGUGAGUUUGGAUUCUGACCCUUAGCUGGGAUGCAUCCUGGCUUACAUUUCGUGUCAACCUGCGGCUAUUAGGAGAGACUCGAAGCAAAGACCAUGAGGACUUCUGGCUUUUGUCCUCCACGUGGGUGCAGCUUUCUUGCGGCUCCAGCUGAGCUGUGUUUCCAUUGCUGGGCUUCCCAGCUGGGCUGAAGUCUCUGAAUUAAGGCUUUAAAUAGUAGAAAGCAUAGGCAAACUGGUAGCCACAUUGCAAGCCCGUGUUAUUGCAGAGCCAACCACUGCAGUGCACCCACAGCAUCCUACAGCAUGGACCACCUAUAGCCACAGCUCUCGCAGUGGAUUAAUGAAUGCCAAACUCAUUAGCUACAGACAAAUAACAUCUAAAUAGAGGUGACCUUCCGGAUAAUGACAAUGGCAGAUCCAUCUUGAGUUCAUCUCCAGGCUGGUCUUCUGCGUGUGAGAGAUGUUGUCCCUUCAGUGUGUUUUGGAAGCUGAGGUGAGGGAAGGAGCCCUGAUCUUCUGGCAGCUGCCAGGGGAAAACUUGAAGCAUACUCUUCAGUAAGAGAAAUGAAGGUGUCUCAACGUUCCCCAGAGUCCAGAUGAGUGUUUACCAUGCCUCUGGGAACGUUCCUCCUUCCCGUUCUUUGUUUCUUGGGAGUGGCAAUUCCAAGGGGACUGCAGUAUGUCACAUUCUCACGCAACGCUACGAAAUUCCUCCACCUGUCCAUGGAUGUGGAAUCGGGGACCAUUUACCUGGGGGCUACCAACUUCCUCUUCCAGCUGACACCUGAUCUGCUGAUGGAGAACAUGGUUCAAACUGGACCGGUUCUGGACAGCAAAGAUUGCCUGCCCCCAGUCUCAAAGCUGGAGUGCCCUCAGGCACACCACACUGACAAUCACAACAAGCUGCUUCUGGUGAACUCGGUGCAGAAGGAGCUCAUUGUGUGCGGCAGCGUGCACCAGGGCAUCUGUGAGAAGAGGAGCCUCACCUCCAUUGACCACGUUCUCUUCCGACCAGAGAGCCCCGGUGACACUCAGUAUGUUGCUGCCAAUGACCCCAAUAUCACCACCGUGGGACUCGUAGCCUACUCGAAGGAUGAGGUCCCCUUGCUGUUUGUGGGACGGGGGUACACCAGCCGAGGAGUCGGAGGGGGGAUUCCUCCCAUUACGACCCGGAAUCUCAGGGCCCACGGCAGCGAUGUUCAAGCAACAGACUCUCACUCUAUUUUCUCCUACGAGGAAACAGCCAAGCUGGCAGUGGGGCGGCUCUCCGAGUACAACCACCACUUCAUCAAGUCCUUCACUUACCGCUCGAGCGUCUAUUUCCUCUUCUACCGUCGAGACCUCAAGUCUCAGUCACGCGAGUACAAGACCUACAUCUCGCGAAUCUGCCUGGACGACUCUCACUAUUACUCGUACGUGGAGUUACCUCUGCUCUGCCAGAGCAAAACCAAUACGUACAGCCUCCUGCAGGCGGCCUACGUCACCCAGCCGGGGAAGGACCUGGCCCAGGGGCAGCUGGACACUGACGGGGAGGUGCUGUUUGCAGCCUUCUCUGCCUGGCAGGCUUCUUCGGGCAAACUGAGCGAGGAGUCCGCGCUCUGCAUCUAUGCCAUGGAGGAGGUGGACCGCCUGACCAACUGGACGAGGGAUGUGUGCUACAUGAGAGACGGGAAGUCGGAAGACGGGACAGAAGUGGCGUACAUUGAGUAUGAUGUCAGCUCCAACUGUGUCCAGCUGCCAGCGGACACCUUGUAUGCGUACCCCUGUGGCUCUGACCACACUCCCAGCCCCAUGGCCAGCCGGGUCCCCUUGGAAGCAGCCCCUCUCCUGGAGACAACAGAGUCUCGACUGACAGCUGUGGCAGUGAACGUGGAAGAUGGCCACACCAUUGCUUUUCUAGGAGACAGCAGGGGGAGACUGCAUAAGGUGUUUUUAGGAGCAAUGGGAGAUGCACACAUCUAUGCUUCUUUAGCCGUCCAGUUGAACAGCAUGGUGAGUGGAGACCUCCUGUUUGACCAGUUGCAGGAGCACCUCUUCGUCAUGACCCAGUCAAUGGUACUAAAAGUUCCCAUACUGGAGUGUUCCCUGUCCUCAGACUGCGAAUCCUGUCUGGCACUGAAGGAUCCUUACUGUGGCUGGUGUGUCCUUCAGGGACGGUGCAGCCGUCGCUCGGAGUGCUUGAGGUCUGGACUGAGUGAGCAGUGGCUCUGGAGCUUUAACUCUACACAGCAGUGUCUCUCUGUCCAGUCACUAACUCCAGCCAAUAUCAGCCGAGAGGAAAAGAGAAAUAUAUUCCUGGCUAUCUCAGACUUACCUUCUCUACGUGAGGAAGAAUUUUACUCAUGUUACUUUCAAGAUUAUGAAAGCCCAGCAGUUCUGACAGAGUCAGGAAUCAUGUGUCCUUCACCAGAUCCCAACCAAACACCAGCCUUGCCAGCAGGAGCAGAUCAUGUCACCAUAAAGCUCGUAGUGCGUUUCCAUGACAUCUUCAUUGCUUCUGUGGACUUCUCUUUCUAUGAUUGUGCUGCAGUGGCCCUGCUAUGGAAAUCAGCACCGUGCCAGAAAUGUGUGAGCAGUCCCUGGGGAUGCAACUGGUGCGUCCAGCAGCACCUCUGCACCCACAAAGCAGCCUGCGAAGAAGGAAAUAUUAUCUACAAUGAAAGGGCCCAGAUCCCAACUUCAAGUGUGUUCCCUUCUUCAGCAGCUCCCCUCACUAAGUCCUCUACUGUAACCCCAGUGGUGGCCAUAAAACCCAUCACUCCCCCUGUGCAUGCAGUACCAAGCACUGUGCCCCCCACAGAGCCCAACCACAUCACGCUCUCUGCUGCCUCCAGUUCAGUGACUGAGCCUACAGAAAUCAUCAGCAACCCAUACUCAACGCUCUCAACUGAAGCAGCGUCUCUCCAGGCCAUCACAGAACCCCCACUGCCACCACCAGCAGACAAACCUGCUGUCACUCUGCCAGGCACAGCUUUUCCUGCUGCAUCUAUUCUCACCACCCCAGGCAAAAAUGUGGAUCAUGCAGCCUUGCCAACCAUAGGGCCAUCCGCUGCCCAGGAGCCAUGGCACACUGAGCCACCUACCACUGUAGCAGCUACUCCUCCGUUCACAUCUUCGCCAGCAGUGACGCCUUCCCCUCAUGUCACCAGCUUCAGAUGGCCUCUGAGUUCUUUUCCUACCACAGAGGCCCUGACAUCUGCCAUCCCAUCUCCCCAAACCCCUGGCCAGAUGCCAGAGGACCCUUCUGCCUCUAAUGACUCUCCUGCCAUGCUGGGAACUGAAAUACCUGCAUCAGAGCCCCCACCAUCAGCUCCCCAAGACUCACUGCUGGGGGAGGACACAGAACUCCAGGACACAGAGGACUGGAUGGAUUUGCUGCAGGCUGAAAACGACACAUCUCCCUUCUCUGCUUCUACUCUUUUAUCGGGUGAUGGUGAUUCUUCAGAGAGGGAUGUCCCUGACUUACCCAGGAUCCUCCACUCUGACCUUGACUAUCAGUAUGAUGCCCCUGGGUUUUGGGAGAGUGAAGAGCUUAGUUGGGGUCCUGGUGCGUGUCCCUGUGUGCAAGGAAUCCAGGGAUCUUCUCUGUUUCCAGUCAACGUGGCGAGGAAGAUAACCCUGCUUGGAAAGAACUUCCACCUUUACCAGGACCAGCAGUGGGACUAUGAGUGUGUCCUGAAUUUGGAAGGGAAGACGAUGAUGAUGGAUGCUUAUGUGGAAGGGGAUGAAGCCAACCAGUCCCUGUGUUACAUCACUUGCCAGCUGAACCAGUACAGCUACACAGCACCUCAGCUCGAAUUCAAUGCCGUGGUGUUUGUGCAGAGGCGGCAACACCUUCGAGUGGACAGCGCUGCAGAUCUUCACGUGACUUUCUACAACUGCUCCGUGGGACACACUGACUGCAGCCGCUGCCAAACAGCCGACUCAAAGUACAGCUGUGUGUGGUGUGGCGGUGACAAACCCAGCUGCAUCUUCAGGGGCUCCUGCAAGGAAGACAUAGAAGACCUGUGUCCAGCACCUCUCAUUCACUCUGUGUACCCCCUGUCUGGACCAGUGGAAGGUGGCACUAGAAUCACCAUCACUGGCUCAAACCUCGGGCAGAAACAUCAAGACAUUGCAGAAACUGUCACUGUUGCAGGAAUUCCCUGUGCCGUAGAUGCUCAAGAGUAUGAGAUCUCUAGCAGCAUCGUCUGCGUCACCGGGGGGAGCUGGACAGAGAGACUGGGCCACGUUGUGGUGGAAGUGCCUGGAGGAGGACGUGGAGUCUCUGAGCAUAUCUUCACCUAUCAGAACCCAGAGCUGAAAUCCAUUGUUCCAACUCAGGGCCCCAAAGCAGGAGGAACCUGCCUUACCCUGCUGGGCUCAAAGCUGUUAACUGGACAUCCUAAUGAGAUCAGCAUCCUGCUCGGAGACCUCCCCUGCCACAUCCUCUCUGAGAUGACGGAGGAUCAGUUGGCAUGCCAGACGAGUCCCAGCAACGUGUCUAUAGAACUCCCAGUCACUAUCAAAUACGGGGACCAGGAGCGGAGGCUGGAAGGAUCCCUCUUCAGAUAUACUCUGGAUCCCAAUAUCACUUUUGCAGAGCCACCCAAAAGCUUUCUCAGUGGAGGGAGAGUACUCAGAGUUCAUGGAUACAACUUGGAUGUUGUACAGAGCCCGAAGAUUCGAGUUACAGUUUCUCCAUCUGAACGCCGGCGCCGAGGACUGGGGCGAUGGCGCAGAAUCAUCCCAGACACUGAGUGCCCCAGGGGUGCUCUGUGCAGCAUCCAGCAGUUUGAAGAACCGUGUCUUGUUAACUCCUCCUACCUGAUCCUGUGCAAAACUCCAGCCAUCAACCUGCUGCUGCGGAGUGUCCGCAUCAAACUGGAAUUUAUUCUGGAUAAUCUGAGCUUUGAUUUCAACUCAUUGCAUCCCAUGCCCUUCUCUUACGAAGUCAACCCCAUCCUCAAGCCUCUGAAUGCUGAAGAUCCUGCCAAGCCCUACCGUCACAAGCCUGGAAGUGUCAUUUCUGUGGAGGGGGAAAAUCUAGAUCUGGCCAUUUCCAAGGACGAAGUUAUGGCCAUGAUUGGGGAAGGAAUCUGUGUGGUGAAGACAUUAACAAGGAACCAUCUCUACUGUGAACCUCCCUCUGAGCAGCCAGCUCCACGGCAUCGCACAAAGCGGGAGGGCACUGACUUGCUCCCAGAGUUCACGGUGCAGAUGGGAAACCUGAACUUCCUCCUGGGCAGAGUGCAGUAUGACACAGAAAGCCAGCUCACCUUCCCGCUGGAGGCGCAGAUCGGUCUGGGUGUUGGAGCAUCCUUUGUGGCACUGAUUGUUCUGGUCAUUGUCUUCAUAUACAGGAGGAAGAGUAAACAGGCUCUGAGGGAUUACAAGAAAGUUCAAAUCCAGCUGGAAAAUCUGGAAACAAGUGUUCGGGACAGAUGCAAAAAGGAAUUCACAGACCUGAUGACUGAGAUGAUGGACCUCACAAGUGACCUUGUGGGCACAGGCAUCCCCUUCCUGGACUAUAAGUCCUAUGCAGAGCGCAUUUUCUUUCCGGGCCACCGUGAGUCACCACUGCAAAGGGACCUGGACAUCCCUGAGUGCCGUCGGCAAACUGUGGAGCAGGGCUUGGUCCAGCUCUCCAACCUGCUCAACAGCAAGCUCUUCCUCACCAAGUUCAUCCACACUCUGGAAAUUCAGCGCACUUUCUCCCCAAGAGACCGGGCCUAUGUGGCAUCACUGCUUACUGUGUCACUGCAUGGGAAGUUGGAAUACUUCACUGACAUCCUCAAAACACUCCUGAAUGACCUUGUGGAGCAGUAUGUGGCUAAGAACCCAAAGCUGAUGUUGCGGAGGACAGAAACAGUGGUAGAGAAGCUGUUAACCAACUGGAUGUCCAUCUGCCUGUAUGCAUUUGUGAGGGACUCUGUAGGGGAGCCACUUUACAUGCUGUUUCGAGGAAUCAAGCACCAGGUGGACAAGGGGCCUGUCGACUGGGUGACAGGGAAAGCCAAAUACACCCUGAAUGACAACCGCCUUCUGAGGGAGGACCUGGAGUAUCGCACUCUGACUUUAAAUGCUUUAACACAAGCAGGAGUUGCUGCAGGAGGGGCGGAGGACUCCCAGGGGAUUUCCGCUAAAGUGCUGGACUGUGACACCAUCACACAAGUGAAGGAGAAAAUCCUAGAUCAGAUUUAUAAAGGGAUGCCGUACUGUCACCGACCAGACCCAGACACCCUGGAUCUCGAGUGGAGAUCAGGGCUGGCAGGUCAUCUGAUCCUGUCUGACGAGGACGUGACAUCUGUUGUUCAAGGAACUUGGAAGCGCCUGAACACUCUUCAGCACUACAAGGUGCCUGACGGAGCAACAGUAGCUCUGGUUCCACGGCUGACCAAACAUAUCCAUAGAGAGAAUCAAGAUUAUAUCCCAGGAGAGAAAACACCUAUGCUGGAGGAUGCGGAUGAAGGUGGGAUAAAACUUUGGCACCUGGUAAAACCAACAGAAGAGCCAGAGCUUCCCAAGCAUCGCCGUGGAAGCUUGAGAGAUCGGGAGCGAGCCAAGGCAAUCCCAGAGAUCUAUCUGACACGUCUGCUCUCUAUGAAGGGCACUCUGCAGAAGUUUGUGGAUGACUUGUUCCAGGUGAUCCUCAGUACCAGCCGUCCUGUCCCUCUGGCAGUCAAAUACUUCUUUGAUCUGUUGGAUGAGCAAGCAUUACACUAUGGGAUUGCAGACCCUGAGACCAUCCAUAUCUGGAAGACAAACAGCCUCCCACUGCGGUUUUGGAUCAACAUCAUCAAGAAUCCCCAGUUUGUUUUUGAUGUGCAGACAUCAGAUAAUGUAGAUGCUGUGCUCCUGGUCAUUGCGCAGACCUUCAUGGACUCCUGUACCAUUGCUGACCAUAAGCUAGGGCGCGACUCUCCGAUAAACAAGCUGCUCUACGCUCGGGACAUUCCUCGCUACAAGCAGAUGGUGGAAAGGUAUUAUGCAGACAUUCGCCAGACCAUCUCUGCCAGUGACCAGGAGAUGAACUCUGCCCUGGCUGAGCUAUCACGGAAUUACUCAGGUGACCUCAAUUCCCUGGUGGCUCUGCAUGAAUUGUACAAAUACAUCAAUAAGUACUACGACCAGAUCAUUACUGCCUUGGAAGAAGACCCAACAGCACAGAAGAUGCAGCUUGGAUAUAGGCUACAACAGAUUGCAGCAGCUGUGGAGAAUAAAGUCACAGAUUUGUGACGGGUGCAGACAGACUGUUCUCCCCUGGCUGGACAGGGACAGUGCUCGUCCUAGCUGUAUGCAGGGUAUCCUGCUGUCAUUGGAACCAGACUCUCCGAGGAGCCAGCGAGUGACAUGAACGGGGAUGGCCAAGGCAGUACCAAGUACAAGCGUCCUUGCAUCUCAGAGAAUAUUUUUUUAAAGUUGUUUUUUUUUUUUUUUUCCUUUUCAAAAGCAAAACAAAUGAACUUCAGUUUUCCUCUGACAGUCUCAGGGGACCGCGCAGCUCCUUCCUACAGAUGUUACGUGAAUGUGCCAAGCUUCUAAAUGCUGCUGUUGAAGAGCCAGGUGGCAGCACCAAGCACCGUGUCUGUGGAGUCCUUGGCCUUGCGUGGGUGCCCUUGCCCAGUGCUGGGAGGCUCCCCUGCUGUGACUGCUCAUUUUACUGGGGAUACAGGAAGCUUUCCCCUGGUCUACAGCUGCACUGACCUCCAUCUCCAUUUGGAUGGAUUAGUGAGCAGUCCUGCUCUAUUCCACCCGAGAAGCUUCUCUGCAGCAAUGUUUUCACUAGUUCUGGAUGUUGGAUGUAAAAAGGAGAGGGACCAAUGGCAAAGGUCUCUUGCUGCCCAGAGUUCUGGUCCUGCUGCUUGGGUGCAGCGUCUGCUUGGAUGGGAUACAUUCACUAGCACGCAGGCUUGCCCAAGAGCCCACUGUAAAUGGACCACUCCCUUGCCCUUUACCCCAGGACAGAUUUAGCAUGCAAGGAGUCGGCUGUCUGGCUCAUCCCCAUCUCCACUGACCCAGCUCUGGAUCUGUCAGAAGUUCAGGGGUUGUCCUGCUCUUUGGAAAAGCACAACAAUGCCUUGUGCCACUUCCCCUUUCCUCUGGUAUCUAGUUGUUCUGCUGCUCUGAACUGGACUUGUAAAUACCCUCAGAAGGAUAAUGUAUUUAAAUGCUAAAGGAGAAUGUUUAACUUUGUGGCUUUGAGACAAAGCUUUUCUUGGAGAAGCAUCUCUGUGCACUUCUACUGACAAACGUCUGUCAGCACUGGAGCAAAGUUUUCUCCACUGCUUUGUCUGCAGGGAUAACUUGUGGAUGUCUCCAUUGUCGUAACAGCAGCUUGCUUUUCCCCACAGCUCAGUUUGAGGCUUAGCUGUGUGUUUCUGUUAGACUUGCCUUACACCUCAGUUUCACCUCCCAAACUCUCCUGUUGUGGCACGCAGAAGGGUGAUUUGGUGACCUGUGAACUCAAGGGAGCCAUGAAGCACAACCACGUUCCUGAAGGGCAUCUGGUGUCCUGCAAACAGCAGUGACUGGUGAAAGGAAAUCAAGGCCAGAGCAGGUGUGCCAUUAGCCCCCAGCCGUAGCUGGGCAGCUCCUCUGCUCCCUCCUGGAGCGCAGUCAGGGGGCCUCACAGCGCUCUGCCCAUAGUGAGUGAAUUCCGAUUUUAAAGGGUAUCCUUCACUUUCUUGUCCCCCAUUGAGUCCAUGCUGAUGUCCUUCAUUCCUGAGGCAGAUCAGGUCUGACUCCUCUGACACUGCCCUCAGAUGGUGGUUGUGCAGGCCUGGAGAGACUAGAGCUAGAUCAGGGCAGGAUCACGUCCCUACCUCUUUACAUUGCGCAUAGCAGCAUUUCCAGGCCUGUGAAUCAGCCAUGUGGCUUUGUGUGAGCACUGUGCAGUUGCAGGAUUCUUUCCUAAGCAAUACAACCAGCUAGUGUUGGCAUCUCUUCCUGCAAAGCCAGUGCUUUCCCAUGAGCUCUCCUAUCAGCAGCAUUCCCAGGUACUCUUUGUGCUUAGAGCGCUGCUGUCUUGCCAUGCAGAGCAGCUGCUGAGCGGGCCCUGUGAAGAGCUCAGUGCCUGCCAGCCUCCUUCUCCAGAGGGCACCAGGUCGCGUCUGUCUCUUGCCUGACCACCCCAUUCCAUGGAACUCGUGGGAACUUAGCUUCUCUGAAACCUCUGUCUCAACACAACCUAGUAAAAUUAGCCCCCAAAAAGCUGGGGUGGAAGAAAGGAGUUGGCAGUGUCUGCCAGGAGCUGUGUGCAGUAGGCUGCUACUGGUUUUGUGGGAUUUUCUCUCUGCUUUCCCAGAACGAGGUGGCACAGGACUUGAUUCUGGAUCCACCUCACAUGAGUAAGGGAGGAAGACUCAGGAGCUCUCCUAGGGAUCCAGGUCUCUCCUGCUCUGCGCUGGCAGCUCUGUGUCCUGUUGUGUCUCCUCUGCUGUUAUUUGCUGUGGUUGGAUGAGUUCUGUCCACACAGCUGGCUCAGGCUGCCAGGGAAGCAGGCUCCACAUCCUCUUAACUUCUCAGUAGUGCUCCUGGGUGUUGGAGAUUGUUUACUUUCUCUGAGUGUAUCUGUGAAAGUCUGCUUUUAUCAAAGCAAUAAUCAAGACGUAAGAGUAGAGCUAAAUAGAAGUGAUUUCUUUAACAUCUCAACUUCGUCCCUACAUGGCUGACCAGGAGGCACUGCCCAGUGCACGGGGGGUGACUGGUGCCCAUCUUUCCCCACUGCUUGUCUUCAGAGUCCUAGGUGCCAGUGUCCUCCUCACUGUGGGCACGUGCUGCAGCUCCCUCGCUGGGUGCUUAGGCUUGGCCCCAUUUCUCUCCGUCCACACCACACUCCUGUGGCAAAAUCCAUUACUUCAACAGGGUUCUGUUGCAUUGAAAUUUGCACAAAACAGCUUUUAUUAUAAAAUUCCCUAGUGCAGGGAAGACUUAUUUAUUAUUUUUCAUAAUCCAAGUUUCUUCCAGUCUCUGCCUGGUUUCUUGACCAGCUUGUUGGGCGCGCUGGGGAUGGAAGGAGGCCCCUCUGAUGCUCCUGCAGGCAGCAGGCUCUCUGGUCAGCAGCUGCCUCUCUCUUUCUGCAGAAUGUAAGUGCUGUGAGAUGUCACCAUGUUAAUCGUGUCCUCAGAAAGAUGUUCUUGAAUGGUGGGUUUGGAGUCUGCUUUGUACUGCGGUCAGAGAAAUAAAUGUGGUUUCACCGUGGUCUGCAUGAAACACUGAUAACUGAUCAGUAUUAAGAUAAGUGUCAUUAGUGAGUUUGAAUGUCUCCUGUCAGUAUGGCUAGGAGUAGCCAGCACCCACACAAUGUAGAUAUGAGAGUGCUUGCUUUCAUCUGUUUGGUGGCAAACGUAGGCUGUAUCUGGAAGCUUUUUUUCUUUAGUAGAAAAGAUGGGUAACUUUUUUUAAAGAAAACAAGAGGGCUUUUAGAUCCUGCUGCCUCGGUGGAAUGCCAUUUCUUUUUCAGGUAUGCCCCAGUUGCAGCAAGAUGCUGCUUUUUUGGUGCCUUUCUUGUCAGAAUGAUUGUUUUGGUUUCCAGAAUACCUAGUUUGUUCCUGUAGCCCUUCGUCCUGGUCUUGUCUGGGUACCUGCCCUCUCCCAGCCAAGCAACUUGGUGUCUCUGUUACAGUACGAUCUGACCUGCUUUUGUGCCCUGCCACACCUUGAGUUCUGCUCAGAGCACCUGAGGUACUGUCUUUCUCAAAUUGGAAUUAAUAAUUAAUAUAAAAAGCUUGAAAAAUCUGAAUUUUGUUACAUAGUGUAAUAACUGUUUGUAGAUACUGUUCUGAGAUGUAGGAAUCUUUUGGUGAUAUAAGAGGUUUUGUCUGUAAAUAAUCAGUUUAGAGUUCAAAUGAUUUUAAUAAAGAGAAUUCUUACACAAUAAUUCAAUAAAUUUUAAUAUACAA